AUGUGCCCCUACUUCUAUGAGAUAGAAACAAUCUUUGGCCAAAGGGAGAAUAUCAGCCUAAGCACAGUUUUGCAUACUGGCCUUCCGCCAUCGAUCUCUGCACAUGCAUCCACUCUUGUGCCAGCUACUGAGUUACCUGCAGUGGAAACUGCAGUAGCAGCAACAGCAACUGAAGCAUUGCCGACGAAUCAUGUUGUCGACGAAAACGUGCCUUGCUCCUCGUUCUUCGAACAAGCAGAUUCUAUGGAACGAUUCUUGGAGCAUGCUGCACCCAGUCCGGAGCCCCAGAAUGAGGAGGUGAACAGCAUUGCUUCCAGCAGGGUAAAAAGCGGCUCUGACGAUGACGAUGACGACGACGACGACGACGAUAAUGUGCCACGCGGCAGAAACUUUACUGCCAUUUACUCGGUCAAUGAAGCCAAACGACGCAAGUUAGAGUCGAAAAAGCUCAAGCUCAAGCAUGAGAGACUGCAAUUGGAGAAGGCGCGAUUUGCAGAACAGAAACAACAGCAGACUUACGCUAGUGACAGAACCAAGUUUUUCAUUGAGCUAUUGAAACUUGGAAAGACUACUGACGAAGCCAAACAGAUAAUUGAAAAUGUAUACGAGUAGUCACUGGCAUUUUAUGUAUAAACAAAAGUUUAUUGUCUAGAUGUAAAAUCAACUAUAAUGUUUUUCAGGAGGUCUCUUUUCCCUUCUGCGUCUGAAAGCUGUGAUGAUGUGCUAUGCUCAUUGCUUCCAGUAUCGUUUUCGGUGUCCGGAUCCCAUUUUUUAUUGCCUCGGAAGAGAUAGUUAUAGAGAAGACAUGUUGCAACGAUUAUAUUGUUUAGCUUUUCGAAUUCGUCCUUGGAUCUCAGUUGCAAUGGGACAUUCUUUAAAAAGCGCCACCUUCCUUUCAAGAUACCAAUCGUAUUUUCAACAGCCACCCUACCUGAUGCAUGCUGGAAGUUGAACGUUUCGUAAUCCUUGUGCAGUUGGGC